AUGGACUCAGCACACGGUCACGGAGCGAACUUUGGGGUUGUAUGGAAUAACUCUGCAGCUCCGGAAAACAACGGACCUCCGCUGCUGCUCGAUGCUUGGCUGGUGCCCUCUUUCUUCGGCCUCAUCAUGCUGGUCGGUCUGGUCGGGAACUCACUGGUCAUCCAUGUGGUCACCAAGCACCAGCAGAUGAGGACUGUUACUAACUUCUUUAUAGUAAACCUGGCUACAACUGACAUUGUGUUUCUCGUCUGCUGCGUGCCCUUCACUGCCACGCUGUACCCUUUGCCCAGCUGGAUUUUUGGAGAGUUCAUGUGCCGCCUUGUCAGCUACCUUCAACAAGUGACUGCACAGGCAACAUGCAUCACUCUGUCUGCUAUGAGUGUGGACCGCUGCUUUGUGACCGUCUAUCCUCUGCAGUCACUGCGACAUCGCAGCCCUCGCGUGGCUCUGGGGAUCUCUGUGUCCAUCUGGAUCAGCUCUUUGCUGCUGUCCAUCCCUGUAGCCGUGUACCAGCGCCUAGAGGCAGGGUACUGGUUUGGGCCCCAGACGUACUGCAGCGAGAUCUUCCCGUCUGAACAGCUUCAACGAGCUUUCAUCAUCUACUGCUUCCUGGCCGUCUACCUGCUGCCUCUGCUCACCAUCGCUGGCUGUUCCGCCUUCAUGCUGAAGCGUAUGGGCCAAGUCAGCGUGAACCCCUCAGACUGCAGCUACCAACUGCAGGUUCAGGCAGGGCGAGCAGCGGCCGUGAGGGCUCGAGUCUCCCGAAUGGUGGUGGUGAUGGUGGUCCUGUUCCUCAUCUGUUGGGGGCCCAUCCAGGUCUGCAUCCUGAUGCAAGCCUUUGGCCUCCGGAGUUACAUUUUAUACAAGCUGAAGAUUUGGGGUCACUGCAUGUCCUACACCAACUCCGCUGUCAAUCCGCUGGUUUAUGCGUUCAUGGGCAACAACUUCAGGAAGGCCUUCAAACACGCCUUCCCUGCCAUGUUUCUGUGGUGCAGGAAGGGGAGCGUCCGGGUGGGAAAUCUGGACAUGAGGGAAGAAGAAGUGAUGGAUCUGCAGGCACCCAAAAGAGAAGAAGGGAUACACUUUCUUUCAUCUGCGUCCUAA